AUGUUUGCGCACCCCUCGGCUCCAGCUGGAAUCGACCUCUCAGGACUCUACCUCCUGCCCCGCCUAUUACUGCUCCUCGUACUUGCCAUCAGUCAGUGUGGGCAGGUUCAUGGAGAGGUCUUCACACUCGGAUACCUUACUGGCUCGCAAAGGCGCCCGGGAAACCUUGACUACCAACGCCCUGGCAUCACAAUCUCCGGAGCCAUCUCAUUAGCGGUGGAGCAAGUGAACGCCGGUCAACUCCGUGACCGAGGUCACUCGCUGCAAUUCGUUGUGGCCGAAACAUUUGGCGAGGAAGUGGCCAGCAUCCGGCAGACGGCGGCGCUGUGGACCCAGCAGGUGGCCGCCUACAUAGGACCCCAGGAGACGUGCGUCCAUGAAGGUCGCAUGGCGGCCGCCUUCAACCUCCCCAUGAUAUCCUAUUACUGCACCCACCGGGAUCCCUCAAACAAGGCAGAUUUUCCCACCUUUGCCAGGACCCGACCGCCGGACACGCAGAUCUCCAAGUCGGUGGUGGCCCCUUUGGCCUUUAACUACCAAGUGAGCUUUUUGUACUUGGACGACAGCAGUGGUCAAUAUCAACCAGUGGCCGAAACGAUUCUGAGCACACUAACUGUGGCUGGAGUAAGCGUCAGGGACGUUCGCACCUGGAACACCAUUUACCACCACGGAUUUAGCGAACCCUUUGAUGACUUAGUGGAUCAGACCUAUGUCAACACAAGGAUCUAUCUGAUCUUGGGACACUACUAUGAGCACGUAGGCCUCAUGGUAAGUCUCCAAAGGCGGGGACUCCUAUCGGAAGGCGAUUAUUUCGGUGGCAUCGACAUCGAGCAAUAUGAACCGGCUAAGCCCGAGAAGUACUUGCGUGGACUGCUGCUCGAGGAUGUGGAGCCCCUGGCCGUGCAGGCCUUCCAGUCCUAUCUGGGAAUUGUUCCCACGGCAUCCGUCUUUGCCAUGUUCGCCAACGAGGUUAACAAAUACAUGGAGCGACCGCCAUUUAAUUUCCCCAAUCCACUGAAUCUGUUCGGCGGCGUUAAGCAGAUAAGCGCCGAGGCGGCCUAUCUCUACGAUGCCGUGCAUCUGUAUGCCAAGGCGCUGUUGGAAGUCCUCGAUUCGGGCGGCAGGCCGAGGAACGGCAGCGCCAUUGUGGCGGCCAUCAAGGGCUCGCGCUAUCGCAGCGCAAUGGGCUAUCACGUCUACAUCGAUGAGAAUGGCGAUGCGGCCGGCAACUACACAGUAUUAGCAAGGGGGAAGGUCCGAAAUGGACGCAACCAGACGGUGCUGGGACUGCGACCCGUGGGCACCUUCAGCCACAGAAACAGCAGCCUCAGCAGCAGCACCGAGGCUUUGCCCGAUCUCAAUCUGUUCAGGCCCAUUGACUGGGUGGGCGGUACGCGGCCAGCAGCUGCCCCUAGCUGCGGAUUUGGCGGCGAGAAGUGCGUCAAUUACACUGGCGAGAUUUCGGCGGCCAUUGCCGGAGGCGCUCUGCUGUUGCUGGGUUUGGUUCUACUGGUUCUUUACCGCAACUGGCGCUAUGAGCAGGAACUCGAUAGCUUGCUCUGGAAGAUUGACUUCCGCGAGGUGCAAAUGCAUGAGAAUGAGCGGGAGCAGCAGGCUCAGAAGCAAACGCGCUCUACCCACCCCCUGAUCCGGACCAGCCAGGUGAGCCUGAGCUCCAACCCAGACGCCGACUUCCGGUACACGACCAUCUUCACGCCCAUCGGUCUGUACAAGGGCCAGUUGUACGCCAUUAAGAAGGUCCGUAAGAAGAGCGUCGACAUCACUCGCGAGAUGAAGAAGGAGCUGAAGCUAUUACGCGACGCCCGCCACGACAACGUUUGCGCGUUUAUCGGCGCUUGUACGGACCCUCCCAACAUUUGCAUCAUCAGCGAGUACUGCACCCGGGGCAGCCUUAAGGAUAUUCUGGAGAACGAGGACGUCAAGCUGGACAACAUGUUCAUUGCCUCCAUGGUGGCAGACAUUAUACGCGGCGUCAUCUAUUUGCACGAGUCUCCCAUUCGCUUCCACGGCGCUUUGUGCACAUCCAAUUGUCUGGUGGACUCGCGAUGGGUGGUCAAGCUGACGGACUUCGGCCUGUUCGCUUUCAAGCAGGGCAUUGAGGACAGUUUUACCGAUAUGCAACACAUGUCGGCCAAGUGCCUCAAGCUCCUUUAUCGCGCCCCAGAGCUUCUCAGGCAAGGUCCAUCCUCUCUCGUCACGGGCACACAGCGCGGGGACGCCUACUCCUUCGGUAUUCUCCUGUACGAGAUGCACGUACGGCGCGGUCCCUUCGGAGAAACGGGGCUAUCUCCCAUGCAGUGCUUGCAGAAGGUGCUUCAGCCGCAGGACCAGAUGCAUCCGUAUAGGCCCUCCUUGCAGCCCCUAGAGACGGCCUUCGACUGCGUCAGCGAGUGCCUGCGCGAGUGCUGGGCAGAGCGACCCGAGGAUCGGCCAGACUUCAAGACCAUUCGGGCCAAACUGCGGCCUCUGCGCAAGGGUAUGCGCCCGAACAUCUUCGACAACAUGAUGGCCAUGAUGGAGAAGUACGCCAAUAAUCUGGAGGCCCUUGUCGAUGACCGAACGGACCAGUUGCAAGAGGAGAAGAAAAAGACGGAUGCCCUGCUCCACGAGAUGCUGCCGCGCUGUGUGGCCGAUCAGCUCAAGAAGGGCCACAAGGUAGACCCCGAGCACUACGAACAGGUUAGCAUUUACUUCAGCGACAUCGUCGGAUUCACGGCCAUGUCCGCCGAGUGCACGCCGCUCCAGGUGGUCGACUUUCUGAACGACCUCUACACCUGCUUCGACUCAAUAAUCGGCCACUAUGACGUUUACAAAGUGGAGACCAUCGGCGAUGCCUACAUGGUUGUUUCCGGUCUGCCACUGCGCAACGGUGACCUGCACGCCGCCGAGAUAGCCACCAUGUCGCUGCACCUGCUAAGCGCCGUCUCCGAGUUUAAAAUUCGGCACCGGCCGACUAACCGCUUGCUUCUGCGGAUUGGGAUACACUCGGGACCAGUGUGCGCUGGAGUUGUUGGCUUGAAAAUGCCCCGCUACUGCCUCUUUGGGGACACCGUAAAUACGGCCUCGCGCAUGGAGUCGAGCGGCGUACCUCUGAAGAUACACUGUAGUUGGCAGUGCCGGCAACUCCUGGAUCGUCUGGGGGGCUACCACUUUCAGGAGCGUGGCGUAAUCUCCAUGAAGGGCAAGGGGGAGCAGCGCACCUACUGGCUGCUGGGUGAGGAUGAGGAGGCGCGCGACAGGCGCACCUACGAGCGAUCCCAGAGACGAGGCUCGAGGGCCCUUAACAAGUUCAUCCAGGGUACCAUUAAACAGGCCCAGGAAAAGGCUAACGACUACGGUAUACGCUCCUCGCUCAAGCAGAAGAAUCUCCUGCGCAACUCCCUAGCCCGCUCCUCCAGCCUGGAGUCUCCCAAGAAGUUGCGCUUUGCCGCUGGCAGUCUCCUUGAGCACCAUCGCUAUCACAGUGACGAAGCUCUGCUCGAGGUUGACUCCUACACGGGCCUCCGGCGCUCCUCGGGGGGAUCCACACAAUCACGCUACGAAGAGACCACGCUCUCGCUAACCCUGUCCUGUCAAAGUAUUGAGGUGCUGGGCGGCCAGCUGAGCAAACGGCGCCCAUCCUCGUAUCCUACUGCCAACACGCCGCUCUUGAUGAACCACGUGGAGGUGUAACACGGGAGUGUCAGUACUUAACCCAUUUACAGGGAUCCUAGAAAUAUUUGUGUUCAGUAUAUUACGCCAAGUAUUUAAAAACGCUUUUAGUGUGGUCUGUAGUAUAUAUCAGCAAUGUAAUUCUAGCAACUGCGCGGCAUCAGCAUAUUGUGAAAGUGAUUAUAAAUCUAGUCAUUGUUUAAACACAUCCAUGCGCUAACCUAAAGCCAAUCCAUUUAGUCAAAGGCCUGUGUACUCCCAACGGCAUUAAUAAAGAGGAAAAUUAGUAAAGCCAAAUAGUGAACACAUAUGUAUAUA